UAGCUCUGGAUCCUGAUUAGUAACGUGUCACUGAUCACAGGAGACGGCAGAAGAGAAGCUCCCACAGAGGAAUCUUAACCCUGUCUCCAAGAAGCUGAUGUGGAAAAGGGUUACCCUUUAAAAUCAUCUCUUCAAGGUGUUAUUGAUAUUGUCGUAAUUAUGUCUGAAGUGACGCCUGUUUCCCAAGUCUGCAUUCCCCUCAGCAGCGAGACAAAUAUAUCAGGGGCAUUUAAACUGGUUGGCACACGGGCUGUUGGUAAAGAUGUGAAUCUUAUUCUAUUGAUUACAAACCCAGCAAAUGACUCAAAGGAUAUCACUACUAAAAUCAGAGCUUACUCAAUCCUAUACACUAAGAAGGAGAUGUAUGAGAUCUUAAAUGAAUGCAGAAAAGAUCAUCUUAAAUGCAAUGAAGUGAAGGGGAUUCCAAUUAGGAUAACGUACACCCAGUAUGAAGAUCGUCUGACAGCAGAUAACAUGAUAGAAGUGACUGCUGCAUGUUCCUGUGAACAAACAAACGAGACUGUGAUUGUCCAAACCAGCAUAGUAUUGGAUAAUCCAACAUUUGAAAUAAAGGUUAAAGGAAAGGCCUACGUAAACAAGCCUGUUACUGCAGAGGUGGUCUUCAAAAAUCCGCUUAAUGCAGAGCUGACCGACAUAGUAGUGACCGCAGAAGGCAGCGGGUUAAUCAAAGAUCCUAUUACAGCCAAGGCCAACUGCGCAAAGCCAAAGGAGACCAUCACGAUCCCCAUAACUAUAACUCCAUACAAAUCAGGCACCAGACAUCUACUUGUUGAUCUAACGUGUAACAAGUUCAUGAACGUUAAGGGUUACACCGAAGUUGAAGUACUGGAAGCCGAGUAGUUUCGUUGUAACCAUUGCUCACAAUUUCUCUUUCAUUGCAGCUGGUUGCAAUACAUUUAUAGAAAGAGAAUUUUUGGACAUGCCCAAAAAGUAAGCUUUUCUGUACUCUGCCAAAAUAGUGGAUUUACUGUACAACAUUUUUUUUCUUGGCAUCGGGAUGUCAGCUUGAACUAUUGUUUUCACUAUAAAUGCUUGUUUUCUGUAUUUUCAUUUAGUGGUCUAUUCACUGAGUUCCAGUAUUAGGCCAACUCGUUGCCAAUUUCUUACAGAACUAUUAUUAUUAUUAUUAUCUUUUAUUUGUAUAGCG